AUGGUUGUUGUUUUUAAUAUAUCUGUUUUUGUUAUUUAUCUAAUUUAUAUAAAACCAAAUUUUAGCCAGUUUACUAGUGAAUAUGAAGUAUACUCUGAAAUAUGUGAAAAUUCAGCCAAUGAAAAUGAGUCGUGUGUAUACUGUAUGAAGGAUCAUAAAAGAAAAAGUUCAAAAUAUGUUUAUAAACAUAUCAUGAAGAUGUUUUUUGAAAAUAAUAGUUUAAAUAAAAAUAAAAUAGCUUUGAUAGAACAUGAAUGA